AUGUCUCGAAUUGGCUCUAUCAAUGCCAUCUCCACAAUCAACACCAAACAACAACAACCAACAUCCCCAACUACUAAUAUUGCCUCCCCCACAGUCGUCAAACCAAUUGAAACAAAGGAAUGGCAAGUAGACUUUUCCAAAUUCCCCAUUGUUGAUACCGAUAGAAUGAAGCAAUCAUCAAAGAAAAAGUUGAGAAAGAAGGUUUCCCAAUUCUAUGAAAAACAAAAUGAGCUUGUUGAAGGAUAUGCUGAAUUAUAUACCAAUACAGUGACUAAGGAAUUUCUGAAGGAUUCCGAUGAAGAAGGAGAGGAAGGUGAUUCCUUUUUAAAAGAUACCACCAGUUUUUGGGUCAAUGUCUUGCUCUUAUUCUUGAAAGUUUCUGCCAGUUUGCUUUCCUUGUCCCUUUCUGUUAUUACAUCAACCAUUGACUCGAUUUUGGAUUUGGUCUCUGGACUCAUUCUCUUCUAUACAAACCUUUUGAAGAAAAAGAAGAGUGAUCUUCACUUGUAUCCAGCUGGUAAGGAAAGAUUGGAACCAUUAGGUUUUAUCAUCUUUGCCACCUGUAUGUCAACAGCCAGUUUACAAAUUAUUAAGGAAGGUGUUGUUGAAUGGAUUAUGAAACCAGAGUUACUCAAUGGAGAAAUGGAAUGGAUGCUUGGUAUCAAAAUUCCUUCCACUUUCAAAAUGGUAUUUUACAUUUAUGGUCUUUUUGUAUUGUUUAUUGCUAUUGUGUUGAAAUCUGUCCUCUAUGUUUUGUGUAUCAGAGCUAAGGAUUCUCCAUCAUGUGAAGCUUAUGCCUUCGAUCACAGAAAUGAUGUAUUGAGCAAUACCUUUUUAAUUAUAUCUCUCUUUGUUUCUCAGUGGGUUUGGUGGUUGGAUCCUUUUGGUGCUACUCUGUUAUCCAUUUAUAUUAUUUAUGGUUGGGUUGGUGAGUCGAUGGAACAUGUGACUAAAUUAGUUGGUUUGACUGCCGAAUCAGAGUUUAUCAAAAAGUUGACCUUUAUUGCUGUAAAUCAGAGUGAAAAGAUCAUGAAGGUUGAAACUGUUACUGCCUGGUACAGUGGUAUGAAUAUUAUUGCUGAGAUUCACGUUGUACUUCCACCUAACAUGUCCCUUAGAGAAGCCCAUAAUAUUGGUGAGGAUUUGCAAAUGAAGAUAGAGUCUGUCCCAGAGGUGGAACGAUGUUUCGUACAUUUGGAUUUCAAUGAUAACCAUAAAAUAAGUAAAUAA